AUGGCGCCCGUCUACGGUCGGCAGAUGCGCAUCGAGAUAUGCCGCACGGUGGCGCUGCUCUCGGCGUCUGCUAAAGCAGCUGCGACACGUAAGCAGACGAAUCAUGGAGACGAUGAUACGCUGUUCUACGGACACGGCUACCCAAGCUACGGCGGCGGCGGUAACUACAACAGCUACGGCAAGGGUGGACAUUACAAGAGCUACGGACACGGCUACCCAAGCUACGGCGGCGGCGGUAACUACAACAGCUACGGCAAGGGUGGACAUUACAAGAGCUACGGACACGGAUACCCAAGCUACGGCGGCGGCGGUAACUACAAGAGCUACGGCAAGGGUGGACAUUACAAGAGCUACGGACACGGCUACCCUAGGUACGGCGGCGGCGGUAACUACAAGAGCUACGGACGCCCUAGUUACCAUGGUAACCGAUACAACAAGGGCCACCGUUACGGCAAGGGCGGCCACGGCAGGUAUAAUAACAGGUACUACCCGAAAUACGGAAACAACAGGCACAACAGAUACCAUUAA